UUUUUUUUUUUUGCUUGUCCCCGCGGGCUAAACUUGAAUUUAAGCUGAUUUGGCAAAUCACAAACGAGAGAAAUACAAAUAAAAAAAAAAUAUAAAAAAGAAUCAAGUAAAAAGCAAAAAAGAUAUAAAAGUGAAGUACGAGAAGAAGCAAAUCCAAUUGAGAGAUAUUUUAUCUAUAUUGUCCAGGAUUAAAUAUAUUUAAAUAUCUCCAUUUAUCAUCAUGUGCUGAAAUCGAAAAAAAAAACAAAAAACAGACUCGAAAUAUUCAACGAAAUUUUAAUAGAAGUCGAAAGGAAAUAAAAGGAGAUUUUUUUUAUUGAUCUUUCGAUCAUGCUGGACAAAAUGCAGAGCCCUGGCUCCAUUUCGGUUUCCCCAUCAUGCUGCAGCUCGAAUGCAACCAAUACGGACUUGGAUUACGAUGUGCCGGUCUCAAGACGACGUAUUCACAGCAAAUCGAAAUUAUAUGCAAAGGCCAUUUAUGAUAAUUAUGCGGAUACGCCAGAUGAAUUGACCUUCAAGAAGGGCGAUAUGCUAACUGUAAUCGAACAGGACACGGAAGGCAUCAAGGGCUGGUGGCUAUGCUCUCUAUACAAUCGUCAGGGUCUAUGCCCGGGCAACCGGUUACGCAUAAUGAACUCAUACGAUUCGGGCUGUUUCUCACCAUCGCCGGCCAGCUCACCGAUACCAUCAUUGGCAGCCAGCACAGCCACCUUGAAUAGUUCCAUAUGCUCGGCAGAGAUCUAUGAGAAUGGUUCCAUAAGUUCAACAGGAAAUGGUGGAGGAGCAGUGACGGGCAAUGGAGAAAUUUCCUCCAUACAGGGUCGUGGCACAAGAAGAUCUUGGCAUAUAUCACCGAAUAAGGUUAUCACACCACAGCGACAAGGUGAUGUCUAUCUUUAUCAUCACUAUCCUCAGCAGCAGCAGCAGCAACAGCAGCAGCAACAAAAUCAAAUCUAUAGUAACCAAAGUAUCUAUCAGAACCUCUCCAUGAUGGCCACACCAAAUGGCAAUGCAAAUGGGAAUGGCAGUGAAUUUGAGACUUAUGACAUACCCAAACCAGCCACACCAGUGCUCCUUAACUAUGAUAGUCCAAAGAGCGUGAGGACACCAACUUCGUUGAGUGGACUUGGCGCACGUUUCGAGUCGCUUAAGAGUGUGGCCGCUUCCAUUGAGGAGGAGGAGUCUUAUGAUGUACCACGCCCCCUAAUUAAUAAUAGUCAUACCGCACAAUUGACACCCAGCAGUUCGGCAUCAUCAUUGCUAACUAGCGAUAGUCUAUCCCUGAGCUUCUCCAGCUCGAAUCGUUCCUCGUUAGCGAAUAUGCCCGACUAUGAUAUACCACGUAGGAAUCCUCUGCCCGUUAGAAGAGUGCAACAGCAGCAGAGUUAUGACUUCCCAUUGCCACCGUUGCAGGAGCAAGAACAACAGCGUAGGAUUAAUCCCAAUAAUGGAGCUAUUACACCCAAAGAGUUGCCCCUUGAGCUGAAUUCAGCCCUGGAAACGCUGGCCAAACUGCAAUCACAGACCACCAUGGCAAUCACACGAUUGCUUAGCUUUGUGGUGCCCAAUUGGCGUAUCCGUUCACAAUUGGAACCAUGCAUUAUGGAUUUGAAAUUGGCUGCACUUCGUCUGCGUACGGCAUUGCAUGAUUUGGCUGAAUUUGGUGAGGGAGCUUUGGGUAAUGCCACCAGAUCAGAGGAUCGCAAUUUGGCCUUAAAAUUGCGACCCUUGGUCAGGGCCCUACGAGAUGCCAAUAAGCUAAUCCAUGACACAUCCGAAGCUCUAGAUGCCCAGGGCGGUUGGUCAGUGGAUCAAUUGGCGCGCAAUGAUGAGAAACAUGGUUGCCGACCACCCGAUAGCCUAGAUCAGCUUAUGGCCUGUGCUCAGACAUUAACCGAGGAUGUUCGUUCCACAACCAGCUUUAUACAGGGCAAUGCUUCGUUGCUCUUCAAGCGUCAACUUAAUGUGGAGGAGAAUGGAGUUGGAGUUGCUGUUGGCAAUAAUGGUGUCGGAGGUGGUGUUGUUGGUGGUGGGGCCGCCAGUGAACCUGCAAGUCGCGGCAGUGCUGAAUGGCUGGAGGACUAUGAUUAUGUGGCAUUCGAAUCAAAAGAUGCGGCGGCCAAGAAAAAUCAAUCUCUACGCGAGGCCAUACCAGCUGGUUUGAAAACACAAUUCGAUACGGUGCUAAGGACAGCAGAGACAACAGCCAUGGGUGGAGCAGUUGGUGCUGCUAGCUCUGUGCCCACCACACCAACGGCACCUGCUCCUCCUGCCAUUAGGUCACCCGAGAUGACCGAUAAGGAUAAGAAGCUAGUACGCUAUUAUGCCCAACAAAUCUCUACACAUAUGGGCAAUCUGUUGCAGGCCAUCGAUUCCUUUCUCGAGACUGUGGAGAAGAAUCAACCGCCGAAAUUUUUCAUUGCCUAUGGCAAAUUUGUUGUUGUCAGUGCCCAUAAUCUGGUCACCAUUGGCGACAAUGUCUAUAGAAAUAUAUCCAAAGAGGCGUUACGAGAGAAAAUCCUGCAAUGCACAAAUGGUCUAUCGGAUGCAUUGAAGACCUGUGUCCUCAAAUCAAAAAAGGCAGCAGCACAUUUUCCCAGCGGCAGUGCGGUCCAAGAGAUGGUCAAUUCGGUGGUACAUAUUAGUAAUUUGGCCAAGGAGCUGAAAACGGUGAUGCUCCAGGCCGUUCAAGAGUCCACUGGAGUAAGUGUCGGUGGCGUGGGUAUCGGUAUCUCUGGAGUCCCUGUUGGAGUCGGUGUCGGAGCUUAAGCAACAGCAAAACAGCAGCAGGAGCAGUAUUAUGAGCAUAGUCUUCCAGGCUGCUGGCAGCGCAAAUUGUUCCUUAAACAAGAAAACCCAAAGGGAUGGGAUAACGUCGGCCAUGCCGAAGUUUGUAUACCCUUGCAAUUUCUUGUGUUGCCCUCUUUUUUGUAUGACAGCCUCUCGAUUUUGAUUCAAUUUUGUAGAAUUAUAAAUCGUAUAAGAUAAGUGUCUUGAACAAAACUUAAUUUCUUUUAAUGUUUCAGUGGAAGGUAUAAGUUAUAGUUGUCCGAUCUGUCAGAAUUCGAGCCGAUGCCUAAAUUGAAAGGCUUCGAAGUAGUGGACCUCGACAAAGGGCUUAGCUCUGUAGCAGCGCUGCCGUCACACGUGCAACAAAAAAAGUUUCUGCGGCUUCGGCAAUGUCGGUUCGGCUUAUGCUUCGGGUCGUUUGCUUCAGUAAAGCAGAGGUCGGCCCAAAAGGGAGCGAAACUCCUUUAAAUGAAAAAAUUUUGUCUAGAACGAGCACACAGACAAUGGGUUGUUAACCCCUCCUACUAAAAAGGUCUAGAAGGACUUUGCGUUGAUCUAGACGGACGAACAGGCCAUGACAAUAUGCCUUCGUCCCGUCGUGAUUGAAGAAUCCUUCUUCUAGGCGUUGCAAAAUGAACGUACCCUUUAUUUGCAAGGGUAUAAAAGGAUAAUGGAAACUAAUUUUUUUUUGUCUGAACUUUGGCAUAUCUUGCUUAUAUUUUGCAUUGUGAUAUUUUAUGAGCAAAAGAACUAUCGGAAAAAAAUAUGCACAAAAAUGCCACACCUCCCUACCCCCAGCCCUAAGCCUCCAAAAAGGACUCCCCAUUCUAAUUUAUAUAGUAGUUUAUAAAAUGUAGUAAGUUUAUUGUCUAAUUAGCUAUACUUAGUAGUCCCCUUCCUAGUAUUAGUUAUCUAUCUUAACUUAGAUUCUUUCUGUAAAUAGUCUUUUGUAAAUUAAUUUCUCAAACCCCCCCAUUCCCGACCCUCCCAAUCCCAAAUGUUCCGCCUUGUCGCACAAACAAUGUUGUAUCAGUGAAGCAUUUCAUUAAAAAAAAAAAAAUUAAAAACAAAAAUAAAUACAAUUAUAAAAUAUAUAAAGUA